AUGGAAGCUGUCCAUGCUGCUAGAAAGUUGAGAAUGCAAUUCAACAUCAACAUCAACGAUAAGGUCAGCAAACUCAAUCAAGAGGAUCCUCGACGCUACAAGAUUAGUUUUGAACGAUUGGAUACCACAAAAGGUUAUCUCAUUAGUAAUAUGGCAUCGAUUUCAUAUCGUACCCAAUCCAUCAAUACUCUUCUUUCUUUAAACAAAAAAGAUAAUCAAGAUGAGUCAAUGGAUCAAUAA